AUGCGAGGGGUUUUCCAGGCAGCGUGGCUUUUGCCACUGGCAGUAGGAAGUGCCCUUCCGACUCAAGAAGACACUCAAUUCGAGAAGAGAUCUUUCGACCUCGUUGAGAAUGUCCUUGCAGGCUUGGGCAGCAUCAAGCAGGAUCUGAUGGCUGGGGGUGCUGCCAUCAACCAGCAGCUGUAUCAAGCCACUCAGCAACCAGCUCAGUACAAGAAAUGCAACCCAACCAAUGUAAAGGUCCGACAGGAAUGGUCGACCUUCUCAACGAGCGAAAAGAAGGCCUACAUUAGUGCAGUACAGUGUCUCGCAAAGCUUCCCCCAAAGACGUCAAAAGAGGUCUGCCCUGGAUGCAGAAACCGUUACGAUGACUUUGUUGCGACCCACAUCCAACAAUCGUUCAACAUCCACGUCACUGGCAACUUCCUGACAUGGCACCGAUACUUCACAUGGGCAUACGAGCAGACUCUACGUAAUGAGUGUGGAUACAAAGGCAACCAGCCCUACUACAGCCACUCGCGAUGGAGCGACCCGAACAAGUCUCCUCUGCUGGACGGCUCCGACACCUCCAUCUCCGGUCAGGGCGCACCCGGCUGCAGCAACCAAACAUUCACUGGAAUCCCGUUGAACACCAAUCCCUUGAUCAAGGUUCCCCAUGGCGCGGGCGGCGGCUGUGUGACCUCUGGACCAUUCAAGCAAUGGCAAGUCAACCUUGGGCCUCUCUUCCCAGGCUCAGACUGCGCGCCACUGAACCCCAACCUAAACUUCACCGAACCCGACUAUGGUCUCGGAUACAACCCGCGCUGCCUCACUCGCGACAUCACGAGCUUCACCACCCAGGGAUGGUUGAAGGACGACGACAUCGUCUCUCUCCUCAAGAGCAGCGACUACCAAUCCUUCUGGGAAACGCUACAAGGCGGCCCCCCACCCAACAACUUCAUGAACAACUUCAUGGGCGUGCACACCGCGGGGCACUUCAUCCUCGGCGGCGACCCCGGCGGCGACUUCAUGGCCUCUCCCGGUGACCCGUACUUUUUCUUCCACCACUCGAGCAUCGAUCGCAUCUACUGGAUCUGGCAGAACCUCAAGCCGGCGGAGCGCACAAAGGCUCUGUACGGCCCCACGUUCAUGUCCGAUCUCACUUCGCCUGCUGCUACGCUCCAGGACAAGCUUACCAUGCGAGCCGCGUACCCGGGGGACAUCACUAUUGAGGAGGCCGGGAGUACCAUGGCUGGACCUUUCUGCUACACCUACAUAUAG